AUGGUCCUUAGUGCAGCUGGUGAUGCCCUGGGUUACAGGGAUGGCAACUGGGAGUUUUGUAAGAGUGGCGCUCAAAUUCAUGCAGAACUGGCUGAGCUAGGAGGCUUAAAAAACAUUGAUGUGAAAAAAUGGAUGGUGAGUGAUGACACUGUGAUGCACAUCGCCACAGCAGAGGCAUUGGUGGCAGCUGGCAAAGACACAAAACCUACCACGCUAUACCCGCUGAUAGCAAAGAAGUAUAAGGAAUGCAUGAACGACAUGACCGGCAGAGCUGCAGGUUUAACCUGCAUACACAGUACCGAGAUGUUAAAGCCUGAGGUCCCAGAUGGAUGGAAAAUUCCAUUUAAUAAGGCUGGAGGUGGAUGUGGUGCAGCCAUGCGUGCAAUGUGUAUUGGACUGAGAUUUCCUAAUCCAGAACAACUUGAUGACUUGAUCCGGGUGAGCAUAGAAAGUGGCAGGAUGACCCAUCAUCACCCUACUGGAUAUCUUGGUUCAUUGGCGGCCGCACUCUUCACUUCUUACGCUGUAAACCGCAAGCCUCCACAUGAAUGGGGAAAAGCAUUGCUAGAUGUCCUGCCUAAGGCAAAGGACUAUAUCGCUGCAGCUGGUCAAGAAGUUAAAACCAAAUUUGGAUAUGUGGUCCUAUUUUGAAAGUCGUUGGCAGACAUAUCUUACAAAAAGGGGCAUAUCGGAUGGAACAUCUCAGCCAACAUUCCCAGAGAAGUACGAUGUAAAAGAACGAGAUGUAUUUUAUACUUCACAGAGCUUUAAAGGGUGGGCUGGAAGCUCUGGUCAUGAUGCCCCCAUGAUUGCAUACGAUGCCAUCCUUGGUUCUGGAGACAACUGGACAGAGCUUUCUCAUCGGGCUUUUUUUCAUGGUGGGGAUAGUGAUUCUACAGCUGCCAUUGCUGGUGCCUGGUGGGGUGCUAUGUAUGGAUACAAGGAGGUCCCCAUGGCCAACUACAAGAAUUUGGAAUACAGGGAUAGACUAGAAAAGCUUGGAAGAGAUCUCUAUCACCUCACAUUGUAG